AUGGCCGAGAACCAUCGCAUCGAGUACAACUGGAUCAAGGGUGUAGAGACACUGGAAGAAUAUCAGCCUGGAGGCUACCAUCCCAUCAUGGUCGGGGACGUGUUAAAUGACAGAUACCACAUUGCAGACAAACUUGGCUUUGGGGGCUAUUCGACGGUUUGGCUUGCUCUAGAUACUCAUCUAACGCGAUACGUUGCAGUGAAGGUCAAUAUAGCAAACUCGCUUCCAUGUGAGGCAAAAGUCCUCAAAACUCUGUCUGCUCCUCUUCCGUCAUCCUCACCCGUACACCCCGGGCGUGGUUCAGUACCUUGUUUCCUGGACGAAUUCAAAGUGCAGGGUCCAAAUGGAAAGCAUACGUGCUACACGGUGAACCCUGCUCAAUGCAACCUCAGAGAGAUUUCCUUUAGCCGUCUUUUCUCCCUCGACGUUGCUCGGGCACUAUCAUAUGGACUCACGCAGGCCGUGGCUUAUACACAUUCUCAAGGUUAUGUUCACGGAGAUAUUCAUCUAGGCAACAUUUUGGUCAAACUCCCGUCUAGCUUCGAUAACUUAUCCAUCGAGCAAUUAUAUGAAAAGUAUGGCAAGCCUGAGACAGUCCCUAUCACCCGAUGUGACGGGGAGUCAUUACCCCCUAAUGUGCCAGCUAAGGCGGUGGUGCCGCUGUUCCUGGGGAAAUAUGCGGAGGAGUUCUCACUAUCCGAUGCGCACCUGCUUCUGAGUGACUUUGGUGAGGCGUUUUCACCCGCUGCAGAAGUUCGUCUUGGGCAAGACUGUCAUACGCCACCCGCGUUUCGAGCUCCAGAAGCCAAAUUCGAACCGCAGACCCCCCUGGCAUAUCCCUCUGAUAUCUGGAGUCUGGCUACGGCAAUCUGGGAGAUCGUGGGAAUGAAAGCUAUUUUUAGCACCGAUUUCGUGCAUGAGGAUGAGAUAGUAUCUCAGUGCAUUGAUUGGGAAGGACGAUCCCGAUUCUUCAAUGAGGAGGGGUCUCCAACGGAAUCUUAUAGGGAAAAUAGAUGGCCUCCGCUUCAGGACUCAUUUGAGGUCGGUGUGCAGAAGUGGAGACGGAAAGUGGGCGACGAGUUUGAAGAAAACGAAAAAGCUGCGUUCCUGGAUUUGAUGCGCCAAAUGCUGUCAUUCCGGCCGAAAGAGCGGCCGACUGCUGAAGAGGUGCUAAAAUCGGAGUGGAUGGUCAAAUGGGUAUUACCUGAUUAUGAACGGAGCUUAAACUAUUCUUUGGGAAAUGCUUAA